CUAGCAAGUGAAACAUGCAAUAAAAAACUGAAAUCAACAGAAGAGGCUUAUACUAUAUUCCAUGAUGGUGAUGAUCAUUUUCACAGAUCCUAAGAGAAAACAGAGAACAACUGAAUACCUUUAUCCAUCUUUGAUGACAAGGAAAAUGGAAAAACUCAGGAGAGCAAGACUGAAACUACAGAUUUGUUGAAACUUUUGAGGGUUGUAAUCCCUUAAAAUAGGCCAGAUAUUGAAUCAUUUCAUUGGGAAGGCCUAGAGGAUGCAAAUUCUACAGUAGAAUCCAUGAACAUCAACAGAAUAUCUAAAUAACUAUACUUACGUUUCUGAAAAUAUUAAAGAAAUUAGAAUGGAAAGAAAUCACAAGUUAUCUAUCCCAGUUAGUGCAGAAGAAGUGGAAUAUAGCACAAGCAAAGCAUUCAUAGGACCUAUUUACAAAAGUCCUGAGGAAAAUAAACGAGAUAAAAGAAAACAUCACACAAAAAAAGUCACUGGUGGACUGGAAAACAAACAAAGCCUUUCUUCUAAUAAACUGGAUAUAGAUAAUGAGUUAUCUCAGUUUUACAAAGAAAUUCAGGAGCUUGAGAGUGAAAAAGAAGAUUUGGAAGAUAAUUGCCAGGAAUUUAAACCCACUCAGGAACAAUUUGGUUUAUGUGAUCAAGGCCUUUACAAUGAAAACUUAAAAUCUGAUGAAGAAAAGAAAGAUACUUGGUUUAGUACUAUACAAUCACCUCCUGGUGUUGAGCAAUAUUUUAGUAAGGAGCCAGUUGGUUGGAAUACUGAAUAUGCAAUUAAUGGACCAGUAGAACCUACAUUUUUAAACAACCCAAUUCCUUCCUUUAGGCCCGAAUGGCAGUCAUUGGAACCCUCUUUAGUUCCUCAAGGCCUUUUUCCUCCUGGAUUUAAUUAUCAUUUAAAUGUUCAAAGAUUUAACCCCUCUCCAUCUCCACCACCAAAUGUUUUUCAUGCUCCAGAUGUUAAAUUAUGUGAAAUGUACAAUGGAUAUAAUGUAAACAGUCGCUACACAAAUUGGAAUUGUCCAGCAUUUGACCAGACUAACAGAUAUUCUGAUUGUGAUGGGAGUAAUAGUAGCACACAGGCCUCUAGAAAUGGAUGUAAUGAGCAAGAUGGACGAGACAGUAAUGGUUUCUGUGAAACAAGAGAAGAAUCUUGGGAAGACCCUUCUUUAUUCCAGAUGGAAAAAACAGACAGGCUUUUACACCAGGAGUUCCAUGAGGAAAAGCUAAAGAGGCUACUUAUCCUUUUAAGAGGUCUGCCUGGAUCAGGGAAAACAACACUGUCUCGUGUUCUUCUUGGUCAGAAUCGUGGUGGCAUUGUCUUCAGCACUGAUGACUACUUUCGGCAUCAAAAUGGGUACACAUAUAAUGUCAAACAACUUGGUGAUGCUCAUGACUGGAACCAGAGCAGAGCAAAGAAAGCUAUUGACCAGGGAAGAUCUCCAGUAAUAAUAGAUAACACUAAUACUCAAGCUUGGGAAAUGAAACCAUAUGUGGAAAUGGCUAUAGGCAAAGGAUAUCGAGUGGAGUUCCAUGAACCAGAAACGUGGUGGAAAUUUGAUCCUGAAGAAUUAGAAAAGAGGAAUAAACAUGGAGUGUCUCGUGAAAAGAUUGCUCAGAUGUUGGAUCACUAUGAAUUUAAAAUGUCCAUCUCUAUUGUAAUGAAUUCAGUGGAACCUCCACAUAGAAGGUCUGAGAGGCUUCGAAGACAGAGGUGGGGAGGCUGUCUAGACUCAUGGAAUCACUUUGAUGUUGCAAAAUAACUAAUAUUCAGUUUGCUUUCA